AAAAAUGAUACAUUGAUCAUCAGACGAGAGGUUACAGGAAUCAAUCAGUUGUGGGAAAGUACCUCUGAGUUUGAGUUGGAACUUUCAAGCGAUCAUUUCCAAAAUGGUCAACUUCGAUUGGCCUGUUUUGCGACUAUAGAUGGAGUAUAUACUUCGUCAGCGGAAACGAUUAUUACAGAAGAUAAGCCAUUGAUUGCUUCAAUAACAGGUGAUGCAUCACCGCACAACCAUGGGGCUAAUUCAGCUAGUGCACCCAUUUCGAGACCUCCACCUGUAUGCACCUGUAUCCAUCCUUAUCCGUGGAAAAAGGGAUGGCCCAUUGCAGUAUACAUGAUCCUGCUCAGUUAUUUCUGCAGAUAGCUCACGUGUUAAUUCAAAAGUGAUCAACAUCGUCCAUGUAAAACCUAGUAGUCUAGGGCUUCCAGUUACAAAUAUAUGAGGGGAAUGAUAUGUAUGGAUUAGAUAGAGAAUGAUUUUCAUUAAAUAAUUAAG